GAAUUCAAUUCGGAUGGGCGCUGCAGCUCUCUCUGCUCACGCCAUAUGUACAGACCCUUGGGAUUCCACACGUGUGGGCGUCGUUUGUGUGGCUCUGCGGUCCCAUCUCUGGCCUUCUGGUGCAACCCCUGGUGGGCGUGUGGAGUGACUCGUGCCGCUCGCCCUGGGGCAGGAGACGCCCUUUCAUCUUCACUGGAGCACUGCUAGUCAUGGCUGCUGUGUUGAUAAUUGGCUUCAGUGCGGACCUAGGGUACCUUCUAGGGGACGAUCUCCAUCCUCAAGGCGGCACUCGCCCCAUGGCGUGCGCUCUCUUUGUCUUUGGCUUCUGGUGUUUGGACCUCAGUAACAACACUGUGCAGGCCCCUGCGAGGGCUCUUGUCGCCGAUUUAACAGCGCCCAGCAGUCAGCUGGAUGCAGCCAACGCGUGGUAUUCCUUCUGGAUGGCUGUGGGCAGCGUGAUGGGCUACUCCACAGGCGCCAUAGGUCAAUGGUACAUAUGGUUCCCUGUCCUCACCAGCGAUGCGUGUGGGGAGCCCUGUGCCAACCUCAAGGCCGCCUUCCUGCUAGCCAUUGUGGUUCUAUCCGUGUGCACCACCAUCACCAUGCGAUCAGCAAAAGAGCAGCCCCUCACGCCCAUCCCCUCCCCCGCCACCUCGCCCACCCUCUCGCUCACCUCCAUACACCACUCAGCUCUCCCGUCCGAUAUCGGCGAAUCAGAACCUGCUACUGGGGUUCGUGGGGGCAGUGGGGGUAGUGGGGGCAGCAAGAGGGUUGGCAAUGGGGUAGGGCUGGUGGGCUCUGGCUAUAAGAGCAGUGCUGGUGCUUCUUCUAGUGCCAUCGCUGGUGCUGCUGGUGCUGCUGUUGGUUCUAGCACCCAGGGAGCAUCAGGUGAGAGUGGGGAGGCGGCUAUUGUGAGAGGGACUGAAGCAGAUCACUUCACCACCGUUGAUCUGAACUCGUUCCCUAAUUCCCCUGCUUCUCUUGACCCUGCUGAUCUAGCCCCCCUCCCUGCUGCCAUUGCUGCUGAUGCUACUGGUCGAACCACCGCCGCUGCCACCGGCACAGCGGAUGUCCUCGAUAGUAUUCGCUCUGAUAACAGCAAUGUGAUUAGACCUUCCGCAGAAGAACCUGUUAUAGAAGAGUUCAUUGGGAGUAUAUCACUUAAUCGGAGCAGCAACAGGGGUCUUAACAGGAGCGGUAACAGGAGUCUGAGUUGGAACAGAGGUGGUGGUGGUGGUGGUGGGGAGGGGAGGGAUGGGGAUGAAGGGGUUGAGGAUCAAGAUGCGUUAUUGAAGGAUGUGGAAGGGCAGAGAGAAGGGGGAGAAGGGGUGUGUGGUGGGAGUGAGAAGGGCGGUGGGAUGGGGAGGGAGAGGAGUGGGCGGAACGGGGGGAGGGAUGGGCGGUGGGGGGGUGUUGGUGGGGGUGAGAAGAGGAGAGGCACGGAGGGGAAUGGUGCGAUCGGCGAUGGUGAUGGUGGCGGUGCAACUGCUGCUGCUGCUGCUGCUGCUGCUGGUGGUGGUGGUGGUGGUGGUGGCAGUGAUAAUGGCAAUGGUGGUGGCAGCAGUGGUGGUGUGGCGUCAGUGGUAGUGGAUCUGCUGGUUGGCAUUCGACUCAUGCCUAAGUCCAUGCGCCUGGUGCUGUCUGUCAUGGCUCUCACAUGGUACCCACCCACCCCCCUCCUCUUCUUCCAUCUGUUCCCCUCCUCGUCCCGCCUGAACCCCCUUCCAUCCCACACAAUUGGUGUGUCCCAUGGUUCUGGUGCUUACUACGUGACUUUGAGUUAUGCUGCAAAGGUGGUGCAAGCAGUCACAGCAUUCUCUCUCGACCCCAUCUGCAUCCGCUUUGGUCCAGCGCUGGUGUGGGCAGCAGGCAACCUCCUGCUCGCCACCUCCCUCUUCUCCACCUGGCUGGUCACAGCCGCAGCAGACAACGCCGCCGCCGCCGCCGCUGCAGCUGCUGCCGCUGAUCUCAUCAAUCUCCUCGGUCUCUGUUUCUCAUGCUCUCCCCUCUCCAUCUUCCACUUCUUGCUUUCCAUCCCUGUCUCCGUUCCCCCCCCGUCUCCCCCUCCCUCCCAGGUGGUGCAAGCAGUCACAGCAUUCUCUCUCAACCCCAUCUGCAUCCGCUUUGGUCCAGCGCUGGUGUGGGCAGCAGGCAACCUCCUGCUCGCCACCUCCCUCUUCUCCACCUGGCUGGUCACAGCCGCAGCAGACAACGCCGCCGCCGCCGCCGCUGCAGCCGCCGCCGCUGCAGCCGCUGCUGCUAGUGCUGCAGAAGCAGCCGCAGCCGCAGCAGCAGCAGCAGCUGCAGCGGCGGCGGCAGCAGGAGGAAAUAUGACAGGAGCGCCAGUACCAGCGCCAGGAGUGGGAGGAGCAGGAGGGAGUAUGAUGGUGGGAGAUGGUGUGGGAUGGCAAGAGCCGUCCACGGCUCUUCGAGCAGCAGCGCUGUCUGUCUUCGCUCUUGCUGGAGCCUCCUUUGCCAUCACAGGAGUGGUGCCAUACUCAAUCACAGCCGAUCAGACAGCAGGCAGCGGGGCAGGGCAAGGGCUUUCUAUGGGCAUCCUCAAUCUUGCCAUCGUGUGCCCUCAGAUCCUAGUCUCCCUCGGAGCAGGCCCCUGGGACGCUCUCUUUGGCGACGGCAAUGUGCCUGCAUUCGUGCUCGGAGCCCUCUUUGCCGUGUCUGCCGCUGUGCUCUCAGCAGCCCGCCUCUCCAAGCUCCCUCGCUCCACCUCCUCGACUGGACUCAGACGAGAGCUGCCCAUGCACUGA